UUGUGAUGAGCAUAAUUGAGAAUGGAAAGUGUGAUCGUUGUGGGAUUGAGGAUAAGCAAGGAGAAGUUGUCAAAUAUCUUUCUGAUGAGUGGACCUAUCCUGAUAGCGUCUUUGCAAGCGCUUCUCAGCAAUAUAUAUCGGGUGUAAGUAAACCAAAGUGAGAGACAAUAAAUGUUGACUGUCUUGGAUGGGGCUUUUGAGAAGACUCAAAUUUUCUAUCCAGCCAAAGUAAACAUUUGGAGGCAGACCCAUUAACUCUUGAAAAGGAGAAAAAGGAUUCUGGCAACUGAGACCCUUGAAGUAAUUCUAUUGAAAUCCUGCACACCAAUAAUACUAAUUUAAGGGAGAGUCUUUCGUGUCCUGGACAAAGGAGUUGAGAUAAACAAGAUAUCCAAACCACCAAUAGUAUGAAUUAUGGACUGGAAGUUCAAAGAGAAGAAGAGAAGUACCAGAGUAACAUCGAGAGAGAAAGAGAUAUUCCUUGUGAACUUCAAAGGCAACAUAUACCCCUACUUGGUCAGAGAGGUCAUGGGAGGACAGAUGUACUUUAUAAGCCAGUAUUGAGGUUUGUCAGAAGGUUCUUCAAAAAUGCCUUUAAACUUAAAAAUCCGGAUGUUGUACAGAAGAGAUACAGCAGGUGCUCACCUGGAUAUCUUUAUGAGAAGAUGCAGGCUAUGCUUGAAGAAAUGAUACCUCAAGAAAAUAUUUCGCCAAAUCUAAUUUAUUACACUAUUGGGCUAGUCGGAGCAAAAAGCGAGGAGAAGUUGCCUUGUAACAUAUUAAUAAAGAGUGAAAUAAAGGAUCUCAAAUCUUGAAGCAAAGCAUUUUCAAAUCUGAAAUUUGAAAAAGCUCUUGAAUCAGAAAGUUUGCAAACUCUUUGUUGGUACCUCAUACAACACGUGAAAGAUUCAUCAGUGAGUUUACUUAAGAAUCACAUGAUUCAUAGCCUUCACUAAGCCCUAUCCCACCAAAAUACAAACAAGAUGAAAAAGUUUACUAGAACUUUUAGUAUCAGAAAAUAUUAAACGACCCAUAAUAUUUUCC